UGGAAGCACCCGUGACCUCUCUGUCUCAGUCCAUGUCAUGAUUCUCUAAACAAAAUCACUUUUUACCUAAAAGAUGCAACUAACUACUAAUAUAUAUAGAUCAGUGCAUAAGCCACUCUCUAUUGCACUUCCAAAGUACUCCAAACCAACAUAAAUUCUUCUAAAACUUUCUCUCUCCUCUCGUUGUAAUUCUCCAAUAAAUGUCCAGUUUUAGACACAAUUUCUAUAUUAUCUUUCUUGUUGUUCUUCUAAAUGCAAGCCACACACUAUGCCACACCAAGGGUCUCAGACCCAAGACCCCUUCAGGGAAGCAACUAACAGCAAAUAUGACACAAACCCAAUUCUCAGAACAACAAUUCAUGAAGUGGGUCAGGUUUGUUGGUACACUCAAACACUCUCUCUUCUCCACUGCAAAGAACAAGCUCUUCCCUUCUUAUACUCUCACCGUUGAUAAGAAUCCGGCUGCCGGAGAUUUCACAUCCAUUCAAGAUGCUAUUGAUUCUCUUCCUUUCAUUAAUCUUGUGAGAGUAGUGAUCAAGGUUCAUGCAGGAGUUUACAAGGAGAAAGUGAACAUCCCUUCAUUAAAAUCAUUCAUAACUAUAGAAGGAGCAGGUGCAAAGAAAACAAUUGUUCAAUGGGGAGACACAGCUCAGACAAUUGGGGCAAAAGGGCAGCCCAUUGGGACCUAUGCUUCCGCAACUUUUGCUGUGAAUGCCCCAUAUUUCAUUGCCAAGAACAUCACAUUUAAGAACACCACACCAGUUCCAGCACCAGGAGCUAUUGGAAAGCAAGCAGUGGCAUUUAGAAUAUCAGCAGAUACAGCAUCUUUUUUGGGUUGUAGAUUCUUGGGUGCACAGGACACACUCUAUGAUCAUAUGGGUAGGCAUUAUUACAAGGAUUGCUAUAUUCAAGGCUCUGUUGAUUUCAUCUUUGGCAAUGGCCUCUCUCUAUUUGAGGGGUGUCAUGUGCAUGCAAUUGCAAGGUUAACGGGGGCCCUUACAGCACAAGGCAGGAGCAGCCUGUUGGAAGACACUGGCUUCUCAUUUGUCAACUGUAAGGUCACGGGUUCAGGAGCUUUGUACCUUGGGAGGGCAUGGGGUCCCUUCUCUAGGGUAGUCUUCGCCUAUACGUAUAUGGACAACAUUAUCAUUCCUAAAGGCUGGUAUAAUUGGGGUGACCCUAGCCGAGAAAUGACUGUGUUCUAUGGGCAAUACAAGUGCACAGGUGCUGGUGCUGGCUUUGCAGGAAGAGUGUCAUGGUCAAGAGAACUCACGGAUGAGGAAGCCAAGCCUUUUAUUUCACUUAGCUUCAUCGAUGGCUCUGAAUGGAUCAAAUUGUAACUUUUCCCUCCAUUAAUCUUUGUAAAAGCCCCUCCUAAUGAUAAUCUUGGUGAAAUUUAUAUAUAAUAUAUAUAUAAUAUAUCAUUUUUAUUUUA